AUGACGAGUCCAAAUAUAUCUUUGUUGAUAUGGUGUGAUGGUCGUAUUGUGAGUUCUCCGUGUGGAAUAGAAUACCACGGGGGUCGUCCGGUUAAUAUGGCGCUUAGCGAGAGAAUGAGUUUCGAGGAAUUACAAAAUAUUUGUAGAAGAGCAGUUUCUACCGACGGGGAAGUAGAAAUUUCAAAAAUCUACUUCCGGCUUCCAAGAAUAGUUGAGGGUGCGAUACGGUCGUACUCGUUGUUUUCUGUGGAGAAUAACGAGCAUGUGUUUGGAAUUCUGAACGAGGUCGUGCGGUAUCCGCAACUCGAGAUUUUGGAAUUGUACGUGGAAUACGAGGUCGUGGUUCGCAACAAGACUUUACUAGAUCAGUUGGUCUUAUGUGAUUCAAGCGGGUCUGAGAGGGGUAGUGGUGAAGAGGAAGAAGAGGAAGAAGAGGAUUUCUACGACAGCAACGAAGAGGAUGUCGAGGAAGACUUAGGAGCAGAUUCACAAUAUGAGUCGCAACUUCCUGAGCAUGUAAGAACGGCGGAUCUUUGCGACUUUGACGUCGCCCCGGAGGAUGAUGAAAAGAUUAUGUGGGAUCCUGGGAUGGAAUUCCGAGUAGGGAUGGUAUUCCCAAAUCGCGAUGCCGUCCGAGCUUGUGCGACUACUUAUUCGGUCGGGGUGGGAAGAGAGUUCAAGGGUCGCCGGACUACCAACUCGACAAUAGUGUUGGCUUGCAGGCAGAACCCUAUCGUUUGGCAGCCAUACUCCGACGACGUUCUCCAGUCCAUCCCACAGAUGUACCUGACAGGGCGACAUAUUUGGCGUGCCCGAGUGCCAAUGAUCUAUUAUCACAUCGUGGAGUGGCACCAGCCGGAUAGGGUUCUGCAGCAGUUCGGCUUACAGCAGCCCAUUCCCCUGCCUGCUAUGCAAGAUCGGCGCCUUCAUAACAUCCAGUAUCAGGGGAACUACAACUUUGAUGAGCUGCUCUCAGAUUACAUUCAGAUUUGGAACAACAGAGCGGCUUACGUUGUUCAGGGUUACCAGCUCCAGCGUCCACCUCACUACCAUUCAGCGUAUAUGGAGUGGUUUCGGAGCCGCAGCCGGCGUUGGAUUACCCAUGAGGGCGCAGCGGCCGGACAGAGUCGCGACACUUUCGAGAUGAUCGCCCUUCAGAGAGAGGCGCGUGCGUCUAGGAUUGGGACUGCUGCACGCAGUUCUCAAUUAGCUUACGGAGAGGAGCGCCGUGACGUCACACUGCCCCCACCAGAGCCAGCAGUUCCGGCUUACGUACUACCUCCUCUUCCUCCCCUGACCAUCGAUCUGGCUCACAUCAGGGGAGCGCGUAGACGGCAUCCUAGAGUCGCCCCGCCUCGCGAGCGCCCGGCAGACCCUAUCCCCCCACCGGUCUACUUCCACUUCGAUCCUACAGCCACUACAGACAGACAGGGGGAGUACUAUGGCCCGACUCAGUACUACGGUUCCACUUCCACUUCAGCAUCACAGCCUCCGUGGCAUCAGACCUAUUUCCCACAGGGACCCCAGGUAUCAUCGUAUCAGGUCCCGCCUUCGUCGAUGCCGUUUUUUGAGCCGUCGUACGGACAGACAGCAUAUGCCACUUCUCUGGGCACACCACCGGCGUCUCAGUUCCAGCAGGCCACACCACCGGCGUCUCAGUUCCGGCAGGCCACACCACCGGCGUCUCCGUUUCAGCAGACCACACCACCGCCGUUUGCUGCAUCAGAUCAGUAUUACCGUCCAGCGCCAUAUACAGAUGCUCAACCGUUCACGUCUUUCGAUCAGUGUUACCGUCCCACGAUGCCUUCGGAUGAUCAGCCGUCGACGUCACAUUCGCGGCCAUCUUCUUCUCACCAGGCCCAGGAUCCAUCACAGCUACAUUUUACACUGUCAGAGUCAUGGUUAUUCGGUCCGGAGAUCGGUUCAGAGGCGUACGAGGAGCUUUUAUCACGACCGGAUCUCACACCUCCAUCUUUUAGACUUCUACCGCCCACACAGGAGGAGACCGGUACUGCACCACCAGCAGCAGACGUUCAGCAUUCAGCUCAGGACGAGGACGCCUCCGACAGCGGCGAGAGCCCUCCGGUACCCAGACAGUUUCACUCGAUCACAGACAGCUCGCGGCACCGACGAGAGACUCACGGUUUGAGGGUACAGAGACCGAGGACUCGUAGAUAUGAGGAUUAGAUUUCAUAUCUUUCUUUAUUUAUCGAUUUUUGUAUUUUAGUAUAUGUUGUAUGUUUACUAUAUUAUGUAUAUUAUAUUCGUGUGUUAUAAUUGUUAUUUUGUUA